GACACUCGAAGUUUGACACUUGACAGGCCCUCGAAGCCGGCGUCCGCUCCCACUCCCUAGUCGUUACUGACUUGAUGUCGAAAUUGGUUUACUGACCGGCGAGCGGGAUGGGAUUCGGUCUUCAGCUCAAGCUCAUCGUUUGGAAGAACACGGUCACAAGGAAGCGAAACAAGUUUAGACUCGUCGUCGAGCUGAUAUGGCCUUUGCUCCUUUUCCUCAUUUUAAUGUGGGUCCGAACGAGAGGAUUGCAAACAAGAAUCGAAGAAUGCCAUCUCACUGAAAAACCAAUGCCUUCAACUGGGUUCUUUCCUUUUAUUCAAAGUUUUAUUUGUACUGCCAACAAUACUUGUUUUCCCGAUGAAGAAUCUGCUAAAACUUUUUUUCCAACCAUUAACGAAGAGACAAUAACCCAACUGUUAAAUGAAAUUAUGAAAAUUUUAGACAGCGCUCCAAAUGGUACAUUGACUAAACACUUUGAACGUGUAAGCAAAAAUUCGGAACGUUUUUUAUAUGCAAUUAAGAAAAUUGCAAAAGAUGAUGACAGUGUUGAAAGUAGAAUGCUGGUUUUAAGGAAUUUAUUAAAAAAUCCUGAUAAUUUAUAUGAAACAUUAAAAACUGAUAGAGUGACGAUCAAUAAGGAAAUAGUUGACAUGAUGUUAGAUGCUGACCUAAAGACUGAUUCUAAUUUAGUUCAUCUAAUUUUCAACAAUGAUACACCUAAACACUGCUCUUUCAGUGGUGAUGAAUUAUCCAGUAAUAUUGAUGAAGUAUUGUGUAAUUUGAGCAGAGCACAGCUAUACAGAAUAAAAUCAAAUAUUGAUGAAAUGUGGAAUUCUUUUUAUGCAAAACCAAAGGUUGAGAAAUACAUAAAAUUUAAUUUAACUUCUUUUGCAUCUGUUGACAAUUGGAUGGCAUUAGAUGAGGUCAUAGAUUCAUUUGAGAAAAUUACUCACAAUACAAGACUGACAGACAGGUUAUAUGAACAAAAUGUAGUAAAUUCUAAUCAAGAUAACCAAAUAGAAAACCCAGACUUAUUAGGCAACAGUACACUCUUUAAAAUUUAUUCACUAGUGUUUAAAUAUUUGUGUGGAGUAAAAGGUGGACUACAAAAAAUUAGUACAGGAAUAAUUCAAGACAAUCCAAAACAAAUAGAAAAUAUGCAGAAAAUGUUUUUUGACAAUGCCUUCAUUAACUACCAAUAUGAUAACUAUACAACACCCGAAUGCAAUGAUAUUUUCAAAGCAAUUGAAAGGAACCCUCUGGGAAGAAUCAUUUGGAGACUUUACAAACCAUUUUUAUGUGGCCAAAUUCUUUAUUACCCUGAUACGCCUGUCGUUAGACGAGUGAUGCAAAGGGUUAAUAUGACUUUUGUAAAGAUAGGGGAUGCAAUAAACACACUUAUUACUCUUGGAACACUAGAUCCUAAUGUAGAAACAAAUCGCAUUCUUAGUUCAAUUCAAAAUUAUUUUGGAUCAGAUAAGGGGCAGACCCUGUUUGAUAAUGAAUCGGACUCCAAUGUACUUGAAGAUGACUUAGAAAGAAUAGCUAAAUUAUUAGAAUGGACAAUCGAUUCUUUUGAGUCAAAAUACAAUUUGGAAAACAUAGGAAGAAACUUAUCUUCAUUUGACUCUUUUUUAAAGUGCAUUGAAAGAAACAAAAUCAGGCCAUAUAAAGACUUGAAGAAAGCAGAGAAGGAUGGAGAGGAUUUGAUCUUGUUUGAUCGACUUUGGGCAUUGGUAGAAUUUAUUUCUCCUGGACAGAAUGAACUUUCACCUUUAACUACUUAUAAGAUACGAAUGAGCCCAGAUAAAGUUGAUAACACAGAAUACAUAACUGACAGGAUAGACACACCUGGUGGUAGGGUAAGACCAACUUAUGAUCUAAAGUAUAUCACACACGGAUUCAUUUACCUUCAAGAUUUAUUGGAUCAUAGUAUUAUAUAUGAGAAAACAAAAUAUGAAAAAAUACCUGGUGCCAUUCUACAUCAACUUCCUUACCCUUGUCACAUUGAUGAUGAAUUCAUAGGUGCAGUUUCUAGAACUUUUCCUUUGUUUAUGGUCCUUGCUUGGAUUUAUACAACAUCAAUGAUUGUCAAGUCAAUAGUGCACGAGAAAGAACUUAGAUUAAAAGAGACGAUGAGAGUGAUGGGUUUAGGAAAUGGAAUUCAUUGGGUCGGCUGGACAAUAGACAGUCUGGUACCAAUGCUAUUUACCAUUGCCAUUCUCUCCAUAAUACUUGUUUAUGGGCGAAUUUUGACCUUCAGCAAUCCAAUGGUAGUUUUCAUAUUUCUACUUGCAUACAGCUUAGCAACAGUUGCUCAAGCAUUUCUGAUAUCUGUAUUCUUUGGGAAAGCCAAUUUAGCUGCUGCUUGCGCAGGAAUCAUCCAUUUUAUUCUUUACAUGCCAUAUGCUCUUUUGGCUCGUUGGUUUCCACUUUUGUCUACCUCCUCAAAAAUUUUGAUGUCUUUAUCAUCUAACGUUGCUCUUGGACUUGGUGCUGCUUAUUUUGCUCAGUAUGAAGAGUCUGCUGUUGGAAUGCAUUGGAGUAACAUCAACAAAAGUCCAAUGAUUGGAGACCAAUACAAUAUGCUGUAUAUUAUUUACAUGCUAUUAUUAGAUGCAGUACUUUACAUGAUUUUGACAUGGUACAUUGAAACAGUGAGACCAGGGGAGUAUGGCAUACCUAAGCCCUGGAACUUCCCAUUUACACUUUCAUAUUGGACUGGAGUAUAUCCAACAAAGAUAAACACUAAUGCAGAAAACUUAAAUGAUAUUAAUGAAACCAGAGAAGAUGGACCGUCUAGCCUGAUAAGUGGUGUUAAAAUAAUCAAUUUAUCCAAGGUGUAUCCCAAUGGAAAAAAAGCUAUUGAUAAUAUUUCUGUUGCAUUUUAUGAAGGUCAGAUUACUUCUUUCCUCGGCCAUAAUGGGGCUGGAAAAACAACUACCAUUUCCAUUUUGACAGGCUUAUUGCCUCCAACAUCAGGAACAGCUUUGAUAAAUGGAAAUAAUAUUCUAACUGAUAUGUACAGAGUACGAAAAAAUUUGGGAGUAUGCCCACAGCACAACAUUCUUUUCCACAGGCUGACAAUUAAAGAGCAUUUAUGGUUUUAUGGAAUGCUCAGAGGUGGGAAGAAAGGAAAUUUACUUCAUCAUGAGAUUGAACAGAUGCUCUUAGACUUGAACUUAGCUGACAAAAGUGAUGCUUACUCCACUGACCUUUCAGGUGGCAUGCAACGAAAACUUUCAAUAGCUGUGGCUUUUAUAGGAGGUUCAAAGACUGUCAUUUUGGAUGAGCCAACUUCUGGCGUUGAUCCUUAUUCGAGGCGUUCUAUUUGGGAGUUGCUAAUAAAAUACAAAAAAGGUCGAACGUUGAUUCUAACAACACAUUACAUGGACGAAGCAGACCUACUUGGUGACCGGAUUGCCAUUAUAGCUCAAGGCAGGCUAGUUUGUGUUGGAUCGGGUGUUUUUCUAAAAAGCCAGCUUGGAAAAGGAUAUAAUCUAACUGUUGAAUUGGCAUUGAAUACUCCAACAUUAGUACCCAAGACAGAUUUGAAUUCAGAAAGCGAUGUAUCCAUUUCUUCUGAAACAAACAUUAAAAAUAUAACAGAUUUUAUUCAACAUGUGAUACCAAAUGCAACUAUUGUGGAUCAAAUUGGACAAGAAGUUAUUUACAAUCUCCCAAGUAAAAACCCAUCACAAUUAUCUCGACUGUGUUCAAUGAUUGAUUCAGAGAUGGACAGAUUGCACAUAGUGUCUUAUGGAAUUUCAGAUUCUUCUUUAGAAGAAAUAUUUUUGUCUGUAGCGACCGACCAAGAGAAAAAUGAUUCCACAACAACAGGUUGCUGCUGUUUCAAAAAGUCCUUAUCUGUAGAAAGUGCGGAUAUUGGUAAAUAUUCACAUUCCACUGUUCAAAGUAAAACAGAACCAAAGGAGAUCCGUGUCCAAGUUAAUGGUACAAAUGUGAAGUAUUCUGCAGUAACAGUGGUUAAAACCCACGAAGAACAAGUAGAGAAGAGACAGUCAAAAUUGUGGAAACAGUUUAUUGCCUUGCACACUAAAAGGUUCCUUCACAAUAAAAGGAAUUUGAAGGCUUUGUUUUCAGAACUCAUACUCCCCGCUCUUUUGGUCUGUGCAGCAAUGUUAGUUUUAUCUAUCUUACCAUCUUUUAGGCAUAGGCCAGAAUUAGAAUUGACUCCAUGGAAAUAUACCCAGCCAUUAGUGUUUUUUCUGAGUGCUGAUCACAGUGGUAAUGACAUGGAUUUAUUUGUAAAUGAAAUUGAUGGAUCCUUUGGCCUUGGCACAUCUUGUUUACCAGCUGACUACAAUGUCACCCACACCAAGUGCUCUGUAGCGUCAGGACCAAUUCCAUCUCUGUUCAAUUUGAGUCGCCCAAGAGUAACAAAAUGUUCUUGUAAAACUGGUGCUCAAGUCUGUCCAUAUAGAAUUGAUGAUUCGUUACCUUCCAUAGUGUUAACCUCUCAUGACAUAUUACGCUUUGUCAAUUUAUCAGAUUUGAGUGACUGGAUUAUAAAUACUUGGCCUAAAUAUAAAAACCAAAGAGUGGGUGGGUAUACAUUAAAUGCCAACCUAGUGACACAAUCGAUUGAUUUGAAAAAAAUUCCCUUUCACAACGUUCCUUUUCAAUUCAAGCUUUUAUUUGAAUAUUUGAAAAAUUAUCUACCUGAAAAAUCAAUUUCUACUGAUAAUAAUAUAAAGGUUUGGUUCAACAAUAAGAACUGGAUUGCCUCAGUCGCUAACCUAAAUGCUAUUAAUAAUGUUAUCUUGAGAGCAUUGAUGAACUCAAGUAAGUCUGGUGAACAUGGUAUCAGAACAAUUAAUCAUCCGUUGAAGUUCAAUGAAAAACAAAAAUAUGCUGAAUUGUUACGAAAUGGAAUUGGUAUAAUUUUAAUGGCAAUUGCAGUCAUAUUUGCCUUAAGUUUUGUCACAGCUUCAUUCUGUCUAUAUUUAAUUGAAGAAAGGAAGUCAAAUUCUAAACAUCUGCAACUGGUUUCUGGUGUCAAUAGGCUUAUAUAUUGGUUUGAAGCAUUUGUUUGGGACAUGUGUGCUUUUUCUUUGUCUGUUAUUUUGUGCAUACUGGUGUUUUUAAUAUUUAAUGAACAAGCAUUCAUAGCACCAGACCGCUUCCCAGGAGUUCUCUCUUUGAUGUUACUUUUUGGAUGGUCGUGUAUCCCUCUAAUGUACCCAGCAAGCUUUUUUUUUGACAUUCCAAGUUCAGCGUUUGUCUCUCUUUCUUGUGUAAAUAUGUUCAUUGGCGUUAUCACAACAGUCACGACCACUGUCCUCUCUUUCUUUGAUGAUGAGGAACUUAAGCGAAUAGGAAAAAUAAUUGGACAGGUAUUUAUGAUAUUUCCACAUUUCUGUCUCGGCGAUGGGCUUAUGAAGCUCUCAAGCAGCUAUAUCACAUCAGCACUAUUGUUAGACCUAGAUAUUGUGUACGAACAAAGUGUUUUCAGCUGGGGUUUUCUUGGUAAAAAUCUUGUAUGUAUGUUUUUCUUGGGAAUUCUGUUCAUGUUAAUUACUCUUGCAAUUGAGUAUAGAAUACACAGGCUUUGGAAGAAAUCUUACAAGCACAAUAUCAAGGCACAGAUUACUGGUGAAGAAGAUGAUGUCGCUGCAGAGAGAAGAAGAAUUAACAACAGUUCAACUUCAGAUGAUGUAUUAGUUAUAAAAGAUCUUGUUAAGAUUUAUCCCAGAAAGGUGACACCUUCAGUAAAUCAGAUAUGUGUUGGUAUAAAAAAAGGUGAAUGUUUUGGCCUUCUUGGACUUAAUGGAGCUGGGAAGACAACAACAUUCAAGAUGCUCACGGGAGAUAUUGACCCAAGUUUUGGCACAGCAACUAUUCUAGGAUAUGACAUAACAAAAGAAAUAGAUAAAGCAAGAUCUGUUCUUGGUUACUGCCCACAGUUUGAUGCUUUAGAUCCACUACUCACACCUUAUGAACAUUUGAUCUUAUAUGGGAGAAUCAGAAAUUUGAACUCGUAUAUCCUUCAAGCAAGAGUCGAUAGUUUAAUUAAGAGAAUGGGCUUAGGAUUUUAUAGACAUCGACUUGCGGGUUCACUUUCUGGAGGUAACAAAAGAAAGCUCUCUACGGCCAUUGCCCUGAUUGGUAAUCCACCUCUUGUAUUCUUGGAUGAACCAACAACAGGAAUGGAUCCAAAAGCAAAACGUUUCUUAUGGAAAUGCAUCCAGGAAAUUGUAAGAGAAGGAGGAUGUAUACUUUUGACAUCACACAGCAUGGAAGAAUGCCAGGCUCUUUGUACAAGGCUAACGAUUAUGGUUAAUGGGCAGUUUAAAUGCUUGGGGUCAUCCCAGCAUUUGAAGAACAAGUAUGGUGGUGGCUACCUCAUUAUAUUAAGAUGCCAUGAAGAUGAUAUGGAAAAAGCCAAAACUUUUAUGGUGACCAAUUUACCGAAGUCAAAGAUGGUUGAAGCUCAUUAUAAUCAAAUUCGCUAUGAAGUCAAGGAUAUACAAGUUACUACAUUGUUUUCUGUUAUGGAAAGGGCUAAAGAAAAGAAAAUAAUUACAGAUUAUACACUUUCCCAAACAACUCUCGAGGAAGUUUUCCUGCGAUUUGCAAACGAACAGGUGGAAAUAUUGGAUAAUAAUCAUAGACAGAGCCCAGGUUUUUUAAAAAUUUGUAAAGCCUGCUAUGGAAAAGGUAAAGAAGAAAUCGGUUGACGAAAAGUGUUAUAUAAAAUAUACACUAUGUUAUGAAUAUUUGGUUAUUAAAUUUCUAAUUCUUUUAACUAAUUAGUGAAAAGUAACACUAGAAAUUAAUAUUAUUACACGGCUAGAAUAUAUUAUUAGAUUAAUUUAUGUACAUUUUUCGUAAUUUUUAGUCAGUUGAUGGUUUUCUGUGAUUCAAUUUUUAAUUAAAUUAUUAUAAAAUUA